AUAAAAGGGAAUGGCUUCACAGUGCAAGAUAUCAACCUUUAGGAAUGAUGCUGAACCAAGAAAGUUUCAGAGAAGCAGCUAUGGCUUUGUUCUACAGAUGUCGAUUCGAGGGGUAUCAAGACACCUUAUAUACGAAAAGAACUGUUUAAUUGAAGCACGCAUUCCAUUGGACAAGCAGUAUAAUACAAGCACGGCACAAAAGAGAAACCUUAAGGAUGAUCAAACUGGACUAGUGCGUCAAAAUUGCAGUAUAAAAGCUAUUCGAGAUUUCGAGAAAAUGGACAACAUCACCACAUAUUUAGGUCGUCCCUGGGGAGUAUUCUCUUGGACAGUGGUUAUGGAAAGUUACAUUAACCACUUGAUAGAUCCUAGAGGAUGGACUGAGUGGAUUGAUACAAAUAAAUCUGUUGUUCGUCGCCCAUUUUAUCUUGAAUACAAGUAUAGAGGACCAGGUGCUGUUACAAAGGGACGUGUGACAUGGGAAAAUGUCACUACUGAUCAGAGCAUAGCAUCGAAUUUCACUGUCAGACAUUUUAUAAAUGGGGAUGAGUGGAUUUCCGUUGAUAUUCCACAUUACUUAGAUUUAUCCUGA